AUGUUUUAUGAAGAUUGGCUCAAUGACAACCAAGAGUUGGAAGCCCAAGUUAUCCAAGAAGAGGCAAACCGUAUCAAGUUUGUAAAUUAUGCCAGAGUACUCUUGGAACACAUCAGAGUUGGUCGUCUCACAUUGAAUCAAGCUAUCAGAUUGGUCAUUAAAAACAUUAAUUCAAUGUCCUAUUAUCAAGAUGAUGAAUAA